UUAAUGUCAUUUCAGUGAGCAUGAAGCACUGAGCCCAUUAGCGAGCGAGUCACUGCUAUAGAAAGCUAUUUACUUAAAUGCCAGAGCUUCUGCAGCUGAAGCCUAACAAGAUCCCCAUUCUUCAAUCACUCCUCAAAAUGCAUUACUUUACAUUGCACUGACUUUGACUGGGCAGCCACGAGUGGAAACGUUGCGGAGCAACAAUUUUACGGACAUCUGAAUUGAAGCUAAUUAGACCAAAUGUGAUUCUGUUCUAGAAAAAGAAAAAAGGAAUAUUUGGCUGGACAUUUUGCGUAUUUGUAUCAAUCACUAUUGAGAAUCACUGUUUGAUGCAUUUUGACUGUUCAAGCGGGUAUCAGCAAGGAGUCUUGUCGCUAGAGAUGGAGCAAAAAGUAAGCAAACUCGGCUUUGGUUUUCAACGCAGUUCUACUUCAGACGAUGAUUCUGGCUGUGCUUUGGAAGAAUAUGCCUGGGUUCCACCUGGUCUUAGGCCAGAACAGGUACAGCUGUACUUUUCCUGUCUGCCUGAUGAAAAGGUUCCUUAUGUGAACAGUCCUGGAGAGAAAUACCGAAUCAAACAGCUCUUGUACCAACUGCCUCCUCAUGAUAAUGAGGUAAGAUAUUGCCAGUCCCUUGGUGAGGAGGAAAAGAAAGAGUUACAGAUGUUCAGUACACAGCGCAAAAAAGAGGCACUUGGGAGGGGCACGAUUAAACUGCUACCAAGAGCACUGAUGCACCCAAUCUGUGAACAGUGUGGAGAGGACAUCAAUGGAGGUGAAAUUGCUGUCUUUGCAUCAAGAGCAGGUCCUCAGCUCUGUUGGCACCCAGCAUGUUUUGUUUGCGCAACCUGCAAUGAGCACCUCGUUGAUCUCAUCUAUUUUUACCAAGAUGGAAAAAUUCACUGCGGCAGGCACCACGCUGAACUUCUGAAACCCCGCUGCUCGGCAUGUGAUGAGAUAAUCUUUGCUGAUGAGUGCACAGAGGCUGAAGGUCGCCACUGGCACAUGAAGCACUUCUGCUGCUUUGAGUGUGAAACUGUUCUGGGUGGGCAGAGGUACAUCAUGAAGGAUGGACGUCCAUACUGCUGUGGCUGCUUUGAAUCCCUUUAUGCAGAGUAUUGUGAGGUCUGCGGAGAACAUAUUGGUGUCGAUCAUGCCCAGAUGACUUAUGAUGGACUACACUGGCAUGCUACCGAAACGUGCUUCUGUUGCUCCCAGUGCAAGACCUCCUUGUUGGGAUGCCCAUUUCUGCCCAAACAAGGAAGGAUUUACUGCUCCAAAGCCUGCAGUGUGGGGGAAGACAUUCAUGCUUCUGAUUCCUCCGACUCUGCUUUUCAGUCUGCGAGGUCGAGGGAGUCCAGGCGGAGCGUGCGUAUGGGCAAAAGCAGCAGAUCCGCCGAUCAGUGCAGACAGUCCUUGCUGUUCUCUCCGGCUGUGAACUACAAAUUCCCUGGCUUUUCUGGCAACGCGGAAGACACCUUGUCCUGUAAAUUGGACGGCCUAAGUCUCUCUCGGCAAGAAACCAACCUAAUGGUCGAUCAUUUUUGGAAGAAUCGUGAGGAACAGGAGGCCCCUGAGGACCACGAAGAAUGGGCUGAGCAUGAGGACUACAUGACACAGUUGCUUCUGAAGUUUGGAGACCGGGGCAUUUUCCAGCAGUCUGAGAACACUAGACAGACAGACCUAUGGGUGUCUGACAAUGGGAUGAAACUGAAAUCUGAAUCCAAAACCAAUAGCCAAAAUCAAAGCCUGGCAAGCAAGAAAUACCAGUCUGAUAUGUACUGGGCUCAGUCACAAGAUGGCUUGGGGGAUUCUGCUUAUGGUAGUCACCCAGGACCUGCCAGCAGUAGAAAGAUCCAAGAGCUAGAGAUGGACCAUGGUGCAACUAGCUAUAAACAGGACCAAAAGCAGUGGUAUGACGACUCCUUAGAAUGUAUUACAGAUGAACUCAAACAGCCUGAACACAGUGUCAGAGACUCCAUGGAUUCUUUAGCUCUAUCUAAUAUUACUGGAGCUUCAGUGGAUGGAGAUAGCAAGCAGAGGCCUUCCUUGUAUUCUUUACAGAACUUCGAUGAACUUGAAAAUGAGGACUGUGAAAAAAUGAGCAACAUGGGGACAUUGAAUUCCUCAAUGCUUCACAGGAGUGCCAGUUCCUUAAAGAGCCUGACUUCCGAGCUGGAGCAGGAAGAAGUGUCGCUGCCAGAAGAAAAACCAAAGCCAAUUCACAUGCCGAUGCUUCGCAGAUCAAAGUCUCAGUCGAGGCCCCAGCAAGUUAAGUUUUCAGAUGAUGUCAUUGACAAUGGACACUAUGAGACGGCUGAGGUCCGCCAGCCUCCAAUGAGUGAAAGGACUCGUCGGCGGGCCUACCACUUUGACGAGCAGGGCCAGCGACCACGCCAUCAUCACCAUAGGCACAGGAGGAGCCGGAAAUCUCGUUCUGACAAUGCACUUCACCUGGCAGUUGAAAGGAAGUCCCAUCCCAAGGAGAGAUCCCAUAUUUACAACCCAGAGGAUUACGAUAAAAUGAUGCAGACCAAGUGUCCACAGGACGCUCGGGCCUACAUGCACAAUCCAGAGCUGUAUGGACAGUGUUCCCAUGCCACGUCUGACCGUGCGUUGCAGAACCAGCUGGUGGAUACGUUUCUCGGGCUUUAUGGAGACGAGGAAUCCUGGUGCUCUACCUGUUCUUCUUCUUCAUCUUCUGACUCUGAAGAAGAAGGGUAUUUUCUUGGUCAGCCCAUUCCACAGCCCAGGCCACCACGAUACAAUUAUUAUACAGAUGACCUUACCGGUCCAAUGUCGGCGUUGCCAGCAUCCCAGUGUGGUAAAAGGACAACUAAAUCAAAAAAGAAAAAGGGACGCAAGGGCAAAAAUUGCAUCAUUUCAUAGACCAGUGUAUUAAGGACCCUAUUUUACCCCUUUCUACCCCUGUGGACUAGUAUUUGUUGCACUCAAAUUGAAUUUUUUUUUUUUUUUGGAGCAGCUGUUACACUUUUUUUUUUUUUAAGCAGGUUUACAGUCUGCGAGUAUUUAAAUGAUAUAGAAUUACCACAGUUGACCAUGUAAUAUGUUUUAAUGCAUAUGGUCUUGCAAGCAAAUGGAUGAAAACUCCUAAGGGUUUUCUGGUUAAAAAUUAGGCUACAUAGAGCAAGCAUUAAACACAGCAGCAUUUAGUAAUUUCCUAUACUUUGUAUUUGUAUUUAUAAUGUAGCUAUUAGUGACUACCUGUAAUCAUAAUUUAAUGGUGCAAAUAUUAAUGUACAUAUUGUAAAGUUAAGAUUUUAAAACUGAUAUUUUUAUAUCCCUGAAUUACAAAAGACUUCUGUUUUGUUGUAAGAAAUAGAAUUAAUAGUGCAGUCAGACAGCUGCCUUUUAGUUUUGAAAUGAUUGCCCUUUUGUUAGUCAGGGUUUUAAAAAUGUAUAAUGUAGUAUGUUGCCAGCAAAGGUGUUUUGGUGUUCUGUUGCUAUUUACAUUUAGAGCUUUUUUUGGUAUUAUAUUUCUAUAGAGAACCCUGUGUGUGACAGGGCAAUGUAAAUACCCCAGUAAAUAACCAAGGCCUUGUUAGGUUACAGGACUUGACUUUACGGGUUAAGCAUUGUAAACAGAUAAAUGUAAUUUUGUAUACAUGUAAAAACUGGAACAUAUGGCUAAGGAUAAUAAAAGUUGAUAUUGUGA